GGACGUCGACCAUCCGAGGUAUGUAUGCUACAUCUCCACGAGAGCCCGCGAGAAACGGCCGUGUGUGUUGUAUCAUUUUCAUCCCCAUCCUCUGCGCCUUGUUCUCAAGCUAAGCAGUGGAGCCGCACUUCGCUUACCGGCGAACCCUCGCAACGAUUCUCAUCACCCACACCGAUGAUGCAUGAUGACCUGCCCGCCGUUCAAGGCGGUUGAUGUCAUCCGACCUUCGUUCCGUGAGCGUUUCCCAUCGGUCUCAAUGUUCUCCAGCGUUUUGUUUCAAGAAGGAGCCGCCCCCGAAACGGCCGUCCAUUUCCCGAAAAUUGCGCGUGCAUCGUCCGAGGCUCGGUGGGCACUGCUCGACCCGACGAUCGAGGGAGAGUCGCACCCCACAUAGCGUCGUCGGCGACGGGGGUGCAUAGUUCAUCGUUGCGCAAAGAGCUGAUGUCAUCCGAGCCUAAAAACGAUCACUACUUCUUCCGUUUGUGAUUUGAUUCGGGACCAUGACAGGACACCCCAUCGCAGCCAUCGUCCGGGGUGCUGCUGCGAACCGGCGCACGCGCAGCCGACGAUAACCCGGACGAUUAGACUGCGAGCUACAGCAGCAGCCUAGUGGUGGCUUCGUCCGUUCGUCGUGGGCGACGGUCGGGCGUCGCCAUUGC